GGGCUGUCGUAGCAAUAGUUUCUUGUGUUUUUUAUAUGGAAAUGGUCCCAUUGAAAAUUUGACAUUCUCCUCUUUUUCUACUGACAAACUUAUUUGACCGGGUAUAUAUGUAGAUGAAAAUGACGCCUUUUUCUGAUUCAAAUCAAAUCAAAUUGUCAAUUCCAUGAAUUUUAUCAUCCCGUCUGGUAUUAUUGCGCAAUAAAAUUGUUCUGACUCUCUGCAAGCACUGUUUUAGUUAAACAUUUUAAAUAACGUCUUCUAAUGCCAACCAACCAGCCCAACCACCAGUUCCAACAUAAUUAAAAAAAGGGCGUCAAGGCGAACAAAUUGUUUCGAUUAGUAGUUUUUGUGAAAUGUGCUACUAACAUUAUUUUGAACGUAGACGGAAUCACUAAAUUUUAAUUGUAAUGUUCCGACUUUUUCGAAAAGGAAGUAAAAAUGACAUACGUCACAUAAUGUAGUAUCGUGUCGAAUAGGAAAAAGUUGCUAGUCGUGAUGUUAAGGAGGCGGAAUGGGUGAUGGUUGAUUUAUAUUCUGAUUUAAAUGUGAAUAGUUAUAGGUCAGAUAGCAAUAUUGGCGGUAGAAUAGGUGUUUCGGUAUGUGGCACAGUCAGGCCGUGUUAUGAAUAAGGAAUCAUUGUUGGCUCGAGCUGCCGAGGAGCGGGAGCGUAUCUUUCAACGGUACGAAAGGGGUCGGGAGAAUCUCGCCGGACAGAUAGACCCUUGGGAGGAUCCAGAGUAUGAGACAUACCAUAAAACUGACAGAUAUGGAUUUAUCCACGACGAGCGGUUGCCUCAAAAAACGGCGCCGCAAAAAAUCAACAUCGAAGUCGAAAGAGAAAAAAAAUGGGUAAAAAUGUUAAAAAACUGGGAUUCACCCGCUACUAAAGAAAAACUACACAAGCGUACAUACAAAGGCCUGCCACUCUCAUUACGACCGCGAAUAUGGUGCAAAUUACUUGACAUUAAUCGAAUAAAAGCAGAGAAACUUGGUAAAUAUCAGGAAAUGUUGAAGCUAGCUAAACAAUGGUCCACAGAAGUCAGGCAGAUAGACUCUGAUGUAAAUCGUCAAUUUCGAGAACACCAAUUCUACAGAGAGAGGUAUUCAGAAAAGCAAUGUUCGCUGUUCAACGUACUGUGCGCGUAUAGCAUGUACAACUCGGAGGUGGGGUACUGCCAGGGCAUGUCGGGGCUGGCCGGCGUGCUGCUCAUGUACAUGGAUGAGGAGGACGCCUUCUGGGCACUCGCCAUCCUGCUGUCCGACAGCAGGUACAACAUGCACGGAUUGUAUAUCGAAGGAUUUCCCAAGUUGACGAGAUUUUUAGGCCAUCAUGAUAAGAUACUCACAAAGUUUAUGCCCAAGUUAAAACAGCAUUUUGAUAAGUAUGGGUUGGAUGCAAUACUAUAUUCACUCAAGUGGUUCUUUGUAUGUUUUGUGGAGCGUGUGCCCUUCAGUUUGUGUUUGCGAGUGUGGGAUAUAUAUCUUCUCGACGGCGAGAGAGUGGUUACUGCUAUGGCGUAUACGAUACUCAAGCUUCAUAAAAAAGCUAUAAUGAAAUUGAAUGAUAUGGAUCUUAUUGUAAACUAUAUUCAGGUAAAACUACAUAAAGACUUUGGUUUCGAGGAUGAUAUUGUGAUAGUAAAUCUAGAACGUUCGAUGGAGGAGCUUCGCCGGGCCAAGCUGGACUACCCGGGCCCACCGCCGCCCAGCGAGCUGCCGCAGCGGCCGCUCGGCGUGUUCGUGGAGCCCGACGACAAGUCCAAGAUCGGGCAGCGCGCCGAUACCUUCUCCGAUACCGAGAAACAAGCCAGAGCCACUGUGAUAUUAAGACGCGAGAAAGCCGCAUUGGAGCUGCAGGACCUCCGUGUGUCGCAAAGCGACACCGUGUCAGAGCACAGCGGCGUGGCGGGCGGCGCGCGCUGUGACGACUCGGUGUCGGCGCUGGGCUCGCGGCGCUCGCUGGCCGACACGUCGGUGACCAGCACGGCGGACCUCAGUGUUUUCUCGAGCGGCCGCUCCCACGCGCCCGACAACUCGCUCGACACGCACAGCAACGCCAGCGACGACGGAACUGGAUCCGGUAUUUGCGGGCUGAGCAUCCAGCGGGCGCCCUCGACGACGCACUCGACGCCGCGCGCCACACCGCACCCGCCCUCCACCUCUCCGCUUUCCGACGACGUCGUGCGUAUUCACGUCACCUACAAUCCACUCGCGGCUAGCCCUUCCCACCUUCAACCGAUCUCACCCUCCAAGUACAAACCGUACUCUGAAGAACACCACAAACCGCUGUCGCUCGGCUUCUUUGCGAGCAACGGAGCCAGUAAUAUGCCAUCCGAUAACAGAAUCAGGAUACAAGUGCCGUCCGAAGAGCUUUUGACACCUGUCGUCGACUCCGGAAGGAUUAUAACACAACGGUACAUUGAUACGCAUUCUGACUUGUACGAUUUAAAGUAAGCCACUAGUGUUUAGGUAACAUUGUUUUUUUUUGGAGAGGAAUGAUUAAUCAACGCAAUAUAAAUAUAGCAAAUUAGAAUCUCUUCCGAUCCCUGGAUCUGAUCUUUGAAAAGUAUUAAAUUUUGUCAUUGUGUAUUUCCCUGAAGCCGAAUGUUUAUAAAAAUAAUAAGUACCUAUGUCAGCUUAUGAAUCAAGUACCUAGUGUCUGUAAGUAAAUAACAGUCUAGUGUCACUUAUUUCCACGUCAUCAAUACUCUGGAAGAAGUCUGUUUCUUAUAAGAAUUAAUUGUCUAUAUGCUAUCAAUUGCAUGAGCGCAAUAAAAACUUAGACAUGUAGAGUUAAGGUCUUAGAUUUCCACAAGACCUUCUAAACAGCUAUUAAACAUGAAAUUGCAUUUUUUAAUUAUAAAGUUUGAUGACGUGUGAUAACUUUGGAUGCGGUGGUAGUUUUACGUAAUCUCAAAAUUGAUUUCUUCAUUGCCAUUUUGAUUUUUCAUUUCCUAUCCUAUAAAUUAAAAUAUGAUAUAAAUUUCAAUUAGUGACAACUACCCUAUUGUUGUAUUUCGCGUGAUGAUACUCGUACUCAUCUGAACUGAACUGAUAGCAAGUUUAAGUACACUCAGUCAAUUUCAUGAUCGCGUAUUUAAAUUUAUUUGUGUAUAUACAAAUAUGUUAAUAUAUUUAAGAUGUAGUAAAUACAGUUCAAAUUAAGUCACACGUUGUUAGAAAUAUGGACAUUAUUGCUUUAUUUGUAAGAAAAUUGUGCGAAAGUGUAGUGUUUACAUUACUACAUACCUACACUAAAUGUAAAAUGUAUUCUAAGAACGUAAACAAGUGUUUCUGAUCUAUAAGAAGCCUUAAUUUAGAGCAAAAUUACAUACGUAAUGCAGAUUUACAAAUUCAACCAAAAAUAAUAAUAAAUACUGGUAUCUAAUCUACCUAUUUAUUAUCCCAUAAAGUCUCUAUUUAAUCUUCUUAUACACAGUUAAAAUUAAAAUAUGUAUGUAUUCAGUCUUUGUAAAUGCGAUAACUGAGAACAGCGUGUCAUAGAUGUACCAGGUUGAAAAUUUCUGUGCGUUUAUUUUGUAUAAAGCAAUGUGAUAAGCAAUAAUUUCCUUAAAUAGCUGUUUAGUGAAUGAUUGGGUUCUUAGGACGAGGAUUAUUAAUAUGGUUAUACCGGAGUACAGAUAUUUAUAUAGAUUUAUAUCUAUACUUACUUGAUUAUAUUGUAAUAUGAAGUACCUCGUGACGCUUAUUUCUGACAGCAGAUAACUGUUUGACUUGUCUAUAAUGUGAAAUUAGGUAUCUCUUUAAUAUGGAAAAAUACGUAGGUCAUUUACUUAUCGAAUGGUGGGGGGCUAUUAUGCGAGUACAUUUGAAGUCAGUCAAUGUGAAACAAAUCCGAUCUCAGGUUUUUUAAAGAUGCGUGCUCGCUUGGAAUAAUAAUCCGUACAAAAGUUUAUGAUUGGGCGUCCUUGCAAAACUUUUUAUUUAAAUGCUGUCCAAUGAUUCACGAUCACGAUCACGAAUGUGAUACUUUUUGCCCCAAGACGUUCAUAAACAUUUGUUAUAAUUUGCACCUAUGUAGAGUCUGUGCGGAAAGAGAAGAGUCGUAGGAUUUGAGGGCGUGCCAGUGCUGUUUUAUGGUUUUUGUUAUGCUGACAACACUCACAAAAUUAUAAUACGACACUAACGAUCAUGAUACUUGAAUCCCAUUAUCUCGGCAUUUUGCCACGGUUCACUAAAGGGUUCCCGGUGUCGGCUCGGUAACCGAAUCCUAUUAGCACAGGCACUAGUUUUCACGGAAAUAACUAUCAUUUCAUCUUCCAACUAGAGGUUAAACCCAACUUUUGUUUUAUGUUCCAGGUACUAAAGUCGAUUGACAAAACUACUAAAACUAGUUAAAAAUCUGUCCAAUCCAACUGCCAUUUUCGUACACAAUCAGAUAGAGUCCAAUUUACAAUAAUCUGUCCAGUCCAACAGUUAUUUUAGCACAAAACCGGAUGCAAUUGCUCAAACGGAAAUUGAGCAAUCGAACCUGUAUCUAUGAUAUAAAAACAGUGCAAGAAGUCUUUUUGGGAUUAUCCCGGACCUCUCCGGUUUUCUCAUGAUACAUAUUUUACUUUGUCCAAAAUACCUAUGAAUUAAUAUUUCGAACUAACAGUUAAGUACACCAUUUCAGUGGACCUUAUGUCAUUACAACAAAUAGUAGGUCUUUACAAAUUUCUACUACAUUCGUUCAAUGAGUAUUUUGAGCAUAGGAGUUGAAUCCAAAUAUAUCUAGUAUAUGAAGUUAAAAAUAAAUAAAUAUUUUGAUUGAAAAACUUUAUUUAAUUAUAAUCGAAGUCUUGAAUCUAAACAUUCAAUGUUGCUGAUGAUUGAGCUAGCUUCAUAAUAACCAGAGAGACUCGAAAAAAUAUCUUCAUCUGAAUUGGUUGCGCUUGAAUCUGAUUAUAAAUUCGUGCAUAUCAUAAAUAAAUGGUAAAUUCGAGAUACUAUACUUUUACUCAAUCCUGGAAGUAUAUUACAUGUACAUAUUAUUGUGCAUAAAAUGGCAAAGUAUCAAAACUGUUUGUCAGUUACAUUAAGAUUAUGAAUGACCAGUGAAUUAAUACAUUUUGUAUGUAGGUAUAUACAGGAAUAUACUUACCGAUUUCGUGUCGGAGAUCAAUUAUUACGGGGACUAUUGAAUAGGUAAUAAUUCAAUAUUAAAUACAAUUGUAUAAAUACCCAUUAUAGCGGAAACACGUUCUGUGUAUAUUUUGUAAGUAGAUAGUGAAGCUUUUAGCCGCUUUUUCCCGCUGACGAAAUAAAAUAAUAUUAAAAUAUAAUUUUCCUUGUUGAACUAUGUACGAUUUUAUCCCGUUUCGAUAUUAUUUCAUACAUAAAUUUUGCUAUUUUUGUAAAUAAAAAUACACAAUGACAUAUAAACGACAGAAGUUUGUUUACUUUUUUUAGACAUGUGUCUAAGGUUUGAUUGCCAUAUAAAAUUGAUAAUGUUAGUUCCCAUUUCUGUUGCGACUCUUCUCUUUCCGCACAGACUCUACUUUAUUAUAAAUUUUAAAUAUCAAGAAAUUAUUAUUACAUAUGUGUAAAAAAAUAAUGAUGUCGACUUUAUUAGCUUUAUGCAAGUACCUACUCAAUUUGAUUUGCAAUGGAAAAGGGUAGUAAUUAGAUAAGAUUUAAAAAAUGGGAGCGAUAAAAUUAGUGUAAAUUUGACGCCCGAGCAUUAGCUUAAAUCAAUAUACUCGUAUAGUAGUUACGUGACUUAAAACAAAACGUGCCCGUUUGUAAACAAAAUGUGCCAUUUGUCGCCUGUUCAUAGAGCGCUACUGGAAUAAGGCUUUAAUUAUAUAUUAACCUAAAGACUUUUAACAUCCGAUAAUGUGGAACCUUUUGCCUACAAACGUCUCAUAUGAAAUCCUGUAGCAACUCAUACGAGUAACAUAGCAUAAGCCUAGUCAUUAGUGACUAUAAUUGCAUUUAGAUGGUUAUGAGAUGUUGUACUACGAAUAGCUGCAGACAUAGGCACACCUAAUGAAUACUAUAUACAUAUUUACUAUAUUAUAACUUCAAACUCUAUUUAUUUAAAGAUAGUAUAAGUGUUCAAUGAAAUGUGAUUUACGAUGAAUCUCUUCAAAGACUUGAAUAUCAUAACAUUUUGCUCCAUUAAAUAAUAUAUACUUUUUCUUCCUACAAACAUGCAUACGUACAUAAAUUAUGUUACAAACAUUUUUCAACAGUAUUUUUUUUGUAAGUAGGUAAUGUUUAUUUUUUUGUACAAAUAGUGAAUGGCUAACUGGCGCAUUGCAAUAAUAUUAUUUUGUAGCGAAAAGUUCUCAACGUUUUUAUAGGAAUUUCUACAUGGUCAAUAAUGGUACAGGGCUGCAUAAAGAUUUGUCCUUUUAAAACUCUUAAACAGUAGUAAUAAAAAUGUGAGAACGUAUUUGUGGAUCGGAUUAUUUCGGAACACCUGCAACUCCAUACAUAGGCCAAGCAAUAAGAAGGUAUAGAGGAAAAUGCUUGUAACAGGCAUUUUCCUCUAUACCUUCUUUUUUUCGAGAUCUUGAAUAGUUUUGGACAUUUCCGUUCUUGAAAGUUUAUUUAGGGCUCUUAAUUUUAUCUAGUCCUAACAAAGUUACGAAGUCAAAAAUUGUGUUCCAAGCAUUUCUCUCUAUAACUUUUUAGAGCAUUUAUUUCUUGGCCUAACAUAGAUGACAGGAGCAUUCUGAGCAUUCUAUCAACAUCAUUUCAAUCGAUGAAAAAUUAACUGUUAUUUUUGUAUUAUAGCAUGACAAAUACUUGUUACGUGGGUACAAUAGUACAUUGUGUAUUAAGGGCGGUAUACAACAAAUUACGAACAAGUGUUAAUAUUAAGCCCAAAGCCGAUGACUAGGGCUUAAUCAACACGAAUUCGUAAUUAUUGUACCGUCCGUUGCACACACAAUGUUUUUCAUCGCACUUGUGAGGAAUAAACUAUAUUUUAAGCGAAAUAAUUACUAAAUGCGGUGACAUUUCAAACAUUCGUCCGCUUUAUUGUCAUUUUUGACAGGUUAUUAGGCACUGAAGAUCCGAUCCGUAUCCGGAGAUCAGUCACGAUUGAAAAUUGUGUAAAAAUAUUUUAAAUAUUCGAAAUAUAGCGUUGUUAAUAAUAUGGGAGCAUCGUUGGUAAUGGUGUAAGCGCCACAAUAAGGUCCCUUUUCAUAGAUAAUGUCACAAAUAACACUAUUUACGAGCAAGUGUGGUGAAAAAUAUUUUUUUUAUACAGUUGCUCAAAAAGUGCUACUUUACGUAGCUGUUUAGCGUGCGGAAAGUUGGAUUUCGCGAACUAGUGCUUUUUACUUUUCCACUUGUUCCAAUUCAUGACUAUUCAUUGUUGAGUGUUAAUAUUAGUUUCCUUCAACAGUCAACAACAUAAAAACCUUCUGUUAAUCUAAAAAUAAUAAAUAUAAGCAUC